AUGCUGGUUGCUCUUAGAUUCCUUUGGAAUUAUGAUACCCAAAAUGAAAUCGGCCGAUACUUCAAAAUAAGAAAGAGUGACACUAUCAGUCGGCUCAUCAAGACAUGGGUUCCAAGAAUUGCUGAGACACUAAUCAAAAAGUUACCCACCUGGGAGGAACUAAGCAAUGAAGAGCUGAUUAUUCUCUUGUCAAUCGAUGGAACACAUUGCCCGAUUGAAGAGCCUCGACCCUUCUCAACUGAAUGGUCUAGCUGGAAGCUCGGUGACAAUGCAGGUGUCAUGUAUGAAGUUGCAUUGAUGGUUCACAAGCCGCGGCUAGCUUGGCUCUACGGGCCCAUCAGACCAGGAAAGUACAACGAUAUUGCCACCUUCCAAAAGAAGCUCAAGGGCAAGAUGCAAGAGCACCUCCCUGACAAGCGAAUUUUGGGUGAUGCUGGAUAUGAAGGGGAGUCUUCAAUCAUCAGUCAUCGCAAUCCUUUUGAUCCUGAAGAGAUUGCCGAGUGGAAGGACAGAGUGAUGGCUCGUCAAGAGAAGUUCAAUAAGCUGCUCAAGCAGUGGGAGUGCGUCAACAAGAAGCUGUGGAGGCAUGGAGUUGCUGCCCACAAGGACGCGAUGGAAGCGGUGGCCUCAGUCACCCAGUACGGCCUCGACAACCGCUCCAUCAACCUCUACGAUCCUUACUUGUAG